UUCAAUGUUUCGUAUCGUAGCCUAAGUUAUUACGUUUUUAUUGGGCGUAGCCUGAUUUGAACGGAAGAUGUCUGUAUUGUUCACAGGCUUCUUUUAUAGAGAGUACAAGCUUGUAAUUUCAGUGGUUUUGUUUUGAAGCGUGAAGCAGAAUAAACCUUUAUCGCUAGGUGGCACUAUUUGCCAGAGAAUAAUAUGUGUCCGCAGGCUCAGCAAGUUCAAAUGCGCGCUCAUCCUUUGAUGUUGGCUUCCUUCGUUGUGAAUGAAAACCCUCUUCAUUAAAAAGUUAAGGUAGGCCUAUAUGUAAUUUUAGUAGCCUACCAUAUGGCUGUAUUGGCCCAGCGUUUCAUUCUUUUGGGGAAAUAGAAGGGAAACAUCGAAGGAAAAGAAACAAGUCCAAAUGAUGAUGGUGACCCCUUUCUUCUUAUUACAUUCUAACUUUUUCAGCAGAAUGUACUUUGUUGUCGUAAAUUAGCCUCUAGACUACCACCAAAUGGGAUCUGCAAAGUUGCACCAGAGCCCAUUAGACAUUCUCUGGUUGCACUCUGGACAAUGAGAUCAGUGUAAUCACAUGCUGUCUUCCCAGCCAAUGAGAUGCGAUGAGACCUUCCACAACAUGCUACGUAUCCAGUCAUCCAAAUGGAUACAGGAAAGGACCAAAUACUCGUGAAGUUUUAUUUGAAUGGAAAGACACGGCUCCGCGGCGUGCACCAUGACUGGAUCAAAAUAUGUAAUAUCUAGGCUAUGAAAACAUCCGACAACUGUACUUUAACGAGGAACGAAGAACCAGCGUCAGCCAUGGCAGCGGGAGUAAGUCUGUUGAGUGACGUUCCUUACCCCAGUCCUGUGGAGCCCAGCACGGAGAUGGAGCCAGGUGGGUACCGCCGCAUCCUCAUCGUCUCCCAGAAGGCGAGAGGGAGGGAGGGAGAGGAGGAGCGACCUUGGGAACAGACACACACAGAGAGGGUUAGUGUUCGAGUCCCGACAGCAAAGUACACUAAAGUUGGGGAGACCCUGCGGCAUGUCAUCCCUGGUCACAUGCAGUGUUCCAUGACCUGUGGGGGGCGCGCCUGCAAGUACGAGAACCCCUCCCGCUGGAGCGACGAGGAGCAAGCCAUCAAGGGCCUCUACUCGUCAUGGAUCACAGACAACCUACUAGCCAUGGCAAGGCCUUCAACAGAAAUAAUUGAAAAAUAUAACAUCAUUGAACAGUUUCAAGGGUGUGGCCUAAAGACGGUGAUUAAUCUGCAGCGCCCAGGGGAGCAUGCCAGCUGUGGCAACCCUCUGGAGGCAGAGAGUGGCUUUACCUAUCGCCCUGAGAUCUUCAUGGAAGCAGGAAUUUACUUUUACAACUUUGGAUGGAAGGACUAUGGCGUGGCAUCUCUUACCACCAUCUUGGAUAUGGUUAAAGUGAUGUCCUUUGCCAUUCAGGAGGGGAAAAUGGCCAUCCAUUGCCAUGCGGGUCUUGGAAGAACAGGUGUCUUACUGGCAUGCUACCUCGUUUUUACUUCACGGAUGAGCGCUGACCAGGCCAUCCUGUUUGUGCGCGCAAAGCGACCCAACUCCAUCCAGACGCGGGGACAGCUACUGUGCGUGCGGGAGUUUGCCCAGUUCCUUGUGCCGCUGCGCAGCGUCUUCUCCUGUGCCGAGCCAAGGGCCCACACUGUCACGCUCACACAGUACCUGACCCGCCAGCGCCACCUGCUGCAUGGCUACGAGGCGCGCCUCAUGAAGCACGUGCCCAAACCCGUGCAGCUAAUCUGCCGCCUGCUGCUGGACGUGGCCGAGAACCGCACAGUCCCCGUGGACGAACUGCGGCCGGCACCAGAGCUGCCAGACCUGGCUGCGGAGGUAGAGAAGACCGUAUCCCAGCAGGCUCUGCAGCAGCUCGGCAAGGAGAUGAGGGGGAAGGGCAUCCCUGUGCCUUCGCCACGAGUCUCGCUGACAACCCCCGUCCCCGUGCUGCUGGCUCACGACCGGCCUUUGUGCAGCGAACAGGACAUGGUUUGGAGGCAGCGGGAACCCUGCAACCUCCUGAAACCUCUCCGUACCCUCAAGAGAAGCCUUAGCUUGAGCGACACUGCCCUGCACAUCCUGUCCUCUCAGAUGCAUCCAGCAGGGGCCUCUGCAAGUGCACUUAGCCACAGGCCAAUGUCAGACCUCUUCAAUCCAUGCUUCACCUUUCACAACAGCCUUGGGGAUUGUGAGUCUACUUGGCAUCCACCAGGUCAACCUCACUGUCGCGGUCGCAGUCACGACAGUGACAGCCCAAGCAAUCGCUCUCCCUCCAACUCGCCAAUCUCAGACAAACCUCAGAGGAAAGAGGCAGAGAAAAAGCCUGGAGGAUCAUGCCAGUCAAGACGGGUACCUCUCAGACAGAGUCAGCGUAGCAUGUCUGUGGGGUAUACUGAAAGCAGCAGAGGAACCAACGAGUCCAUGUUGUCAGCGUGGGAUGAUGAAGGUUGUGGAAAGGGUUGUGUUGAUAGGGGGAAGUCAUCAGCCGUCUCUGAUCUUAGCUCAACGGAAGCUUGCGAUGUUAAUUCGGAGAAGCCAAACUUCCCCUUCAUCGCACUCCAGAAUGAGCUCAGCCCGCAGGCCAGGCGAGUCUUGGUUGCUCAAGCGCUUGCGACAGAAUCUGACCAAGAAGAGCUCAGAGACAAGGUGCUAGAGUGGCAGACGGAGCUGAACUCCAGAGAGGGGACCUGGGAUCGACUCUGCCUGGAGCGGGACCCUCUGGUGCUCUCUAGUCUCGUGUGGUCUUGGCUGGAGCAGCUCAGAGAUCCGGUCAUCAGCCAUGAGGAUGUGGAGGCACUGGAGGAGAACAACUAUAGCUCACAACAGGCUCUAGACUCACUGGACAAGGGCCACAAACAAACUCUGUUGUGCAUUCUUGAUUGUGCCGCACAUCUAUUAGAGAUACCAGAGGAGGUGGAAAAGGGCAUUCUCGAUCGUAUAAUCAAAACAUUUACAAAGGUGGAUAUGGAAUCGGAGAAUGGCCAGGCGGUUUGCUGCACCCUGCGGGCAGUCUUGACCCCUGUUCUCCAUGAGCUGAGGGCCAAAGCAGAGGAGGAAGUGGACUUCAUAGGCCAGUAUGCUGAGUAUCCCUGACCACUGCAUCCCAGUCCAUAACUGGAUCACACCAGAGGUUGGAUAUGAUCCUCAGCCUUUCUAAACUGGUUGUAUGUUUUUGUGGCAUAAAAGUCAAACCAGGUCCAAAAUUGUCCGUCACUGCUGCUGUUUUAUUGUUACCAUUGUGUUAUAAUUUUUUAAAGAUCCUAUUAAUGUCAGGCUGUCUAACGCUGUUGUUAUUUGUGUCUGUGUUUUACCAUUUUGUAAUGUUUACUCUUGAAAAAAAAACUGCCAUGUAUUUUUGUGUGCCAUGUGGUUCACUUUAAGUUUUCAUGUCUUUUUGUUUUAAUAUGUUUGGUAUUAUACAUUUGUGUGAUAUGUAUUAUAUCAUACUUAUAGUACCUACCUAUUUAUUACAUUUGUAUGUUUGACACAAAAGCAUAAAGCAAUGCCUCAUUUAAUAGGCACUUACAAUAUGGCUGAAAGGAAACUCUGACAUUCUUAGUGGAUCAGAAUGAUUCUACAGUCCAGAAUUAUGUACAAGUGUGGUAAAUGUGUGUUAACACUAAUCACUGGGGAAUGUGCUUUAAUAGUAAUAUUCACAUCUCAACCCACAUAAAUGGAACUUUCAAUAUUGUUCCCUACAACAUCAUGGAGAUUGAUGUCUGUAAACCAAAUAAUAUUUUCACUGUGCAAAGUAUGUAGUAUACAGUGGUAUAUCAAAGUGGCAUAUUUGAAUGCAAGAGAAGUGGGGGAGACUGAAUGCAACGUUAGCUUUGAAUUUAUAUGAUCAGUUUAUUUCUAAUUUGAAGCAUCUGAAGGCUCAUUUCAUAAUAUUGUCAUGCAACCUAGCUAGCUCUUGUGAUUACUUAAACAUUGCCUUUACAAAAAUACUGAUACAAAAAAGAAAAAUGGCAUCUGUUUGAGAAUGUAUGUUUGUCAAAGAAUCUGUCUUGUUUUGGCUGUGGCUAAAUGAAUUCUGCCUCAUUGAAAAAUGACUCAUUUUGCAAAGAAACUAAGCUGCUCUUUGGAGUAUAUUUGUACAGAGGGAUAUAUAUGUUUCUUUCAUGAAGCACUAUCAAUGUUUUAGAUGCAUUGUGAUUAGUGUUUAGUCCACCUCAGACCUCAUUUUUGUCCAUGAAUGCGCAAUAUGGUGUUCAUCAAGAACAGAAGACAACUGAAUUAAUUAACUUGAUUCAAGCUUGAUCACAUUUGUAUUUUAAGGGUGAGAACAUUGUACUGUGGAAAUGUUAAUGAAGCACUAUUUUUUCACCAUCCCAUUCAUUGCCGAAAAUAAAUAAAUAAAUGCUCUUAACAUAA